UUAAAAUAGAUUUUGGUACUUUCUGAGAAUUUUAGGAGGAAAAGAGAGGUGACUUUCUGUUAUAUUAACGUGUCCUAUCAGUGCACUGAAGAUGAAAUGAAUGAAGCUUCCUUGCUUCUUCCUGCAUUUUGGUCAACUUGGCCUGUUUCUCUCUCUGUGUUGAUGUAUAAAGGCAUUGUUCGGUUGAGUUCUUGAUACUAUUAAUUCUAACUACUUAGUUGAUUCUGUUGUACCCUUUGGAGUUCUGAAAACUUUUGUGUUGUUCAUUCUGCUGGUGAUCUUUUGGAUGGUAUCAAACAGACAAUCUCACCCCGAGCACAAAGGCAGUGGCAAGAUUCCAAUUGAAAAAUUGAAACCGAGCCAUGGUGAUACAAAACAAGCAUCAUCAAUCAGUGGCCUUAGAAAUUUGAUAAACGCAUUGCAGACUAAUGAUCAUGAAUCCUACUUUGAAACUUUCCUCCAACGAGUGGUACGUGAGGAAGUGGAACACAAAGUCCAGGAUUACCUACUUUCAAGAACAAGGGUUAAUAAUCAGGCUGGCAUAUCUGGAGCCAAACCCUUUCAGUUGUGUUUUAUUAAUAAGUUGCCUGAUACCAUCUUUACACAGUCUAAUAUAAUAUCAGAGGAUGAAUCACCCCUUCAAAUUGCACUAUUUGAUGUUAAAUCUCAAUCUGUAGUCAGUGAUGGUCCCUUCUCCUCAAUAAAGAUUGAGAUUUGUGCCCUCAAUGGUGACUUUGGGUCUUCUGGCAAUGAGGAUUGGACUGAAGUUGAAUUCAAUGACAAUAUCUUACACCAAAGAGAUGGUAAACAACCAUUGUUGAUUGGAGAGAGGUUUAUUACUCUUAAAAAUGGAGUUUGUUGCAUCCCUAAAAUUGGCUUCAGUGAUAACUCAAGAUGGGUAAGAAGCCGAAAGUUCAGGUUAGGAGCCAAAGUUGUGCAACCAAAUUCCAAUGGAGAAUAUGUUAAGGAAGGUGCAAGUGAAGCUUUUGUGGUCAAAGAUAACAGAGGAGAGGCCUACAAGAAACACUACCCUCCAUCCUUGAAGGAUGAUAUAUGGCGUUUGAAGAAAAUUGCCAAAGAAGGAAUAAUCCACAAGCGGCUUUCUGUCCAUGGAAUUCACACUGUGAAGGAUUUCUUGCAGUUAUACACAACCAACACAUCUUCAUUAUAUGAGUUGCAGAAAUUGGGAAACAUUCCAAAGAAGUCCUGGUUAGCCAUAAUUGAACAUGCCAAUACCUGUUUGAUAGAUGAUUACAAGCUUUAUAGCUACCGCACACCAGAGCAACCAAUAGUUCUGUUAUUCAAUUCCAUCUUCAAACUUGUGGGAGUGACAUUUGAUUGCCAAAAUUAUUAUUCACUAGAGACUCUAGCGCCGGGCGAGAAGCAUUUGGUUGAAAUAGUGAAGCAAGAUGCAUACAAAAACGUGAAUAACUUGAAACCAAUUGAUGAAACUAUAUUGAACUGCUUAAACCUAGAGGCAUGUCUAAAAUCAAGGCACUCAGUUGCUCCAGUUCAAGAUCUGCAAUAUAUUGAUAUCUCAGCAUCACAAGGUAUACAUAAUGGUUAUGUUCAACCAUUUAUCUCUGCUUCAUAUGAUGAAGGAAUGUAUGCUUCUCAAAUCUAUGCUGAUCCAGUGCCAGAAGUAAGAGAAAUACCACAAAACAAUCUUUUGGAUGAUGAGUUUUCCUUAGGAAUGUACAUAGAAGGGGAUAACUGCUACUUCAAUGGAUCACAUUUUCCACUUAUGCAAUGUGGUUAUCCAACACAGUAUGAGAGUUCAGAAAAUGGCUUUUACUUUGGUUCUUGUGAUGGAGCAGAAUUUAGCAGCCGUAACACUUUGCUGAAUCAUGCUAUGGAUAUAUCAAGAAGUAGGAAACCAAAAGUAGAGUGGUGCAAGAUUCGAGCUGCGAUCAAAUGGGUCAUAUCAGUGAGAAAAGAUGCAGCUGCUAGGAAGAAUGCAAUGUUGGUUUAACUAUAACUAUUGGAAUUUAGAAACCUGUUUUAUAUGCUUUGUUUGUUACUAGGUAGAAAGUGCCUAGAAACAUAAUUCUAGGAUAAAAGCUCCCUAGAUGUCUUAUGUUUUCAGCAUUUUGUUUUUGUUUCUUGAAGUUUACCUCCUUCAAUUCCAACCACAGUGAAGAGACGUGUAACAUGGGUCCUCCUGUCAAGUUAUUUGUGUGUAUACUUUCAGUAAAAUCAAAUAUAUACAUACUGGUUCAAUUCAAAAA